AUGGCCAAUGCCGACGAAGACGGGACCGAAACUAUUCCCAAUUCUCCAGACACUCUGCUCCUGGAGGAUUCUUUUUUCAGCCCAAGAACAAACGCGAAGCUAAGAGGUGACUUUGCUCGCUUAGUGCCUGUCAAUCAUAAUGCUAUCCUUGCAUUUCAUUCCAUUGCUGAACGCACCCGGCUUGAGCCAGACUGGAACCCGCAUAUCCGGAGAUUCCUCUUCAUCGAGGAUACGCCCCGAGCAAUCUCACCCGAAUGGGAUGGUACUAGUGAUACCAAUAGCGAUGCGACGGGCCCGCUCCAGCAGGGUCAAGUAUUAGCGGGCUACUAUAGACUCAGCCUCGAUCUGAUCACCAACCACCCUCGACUCGGUUGGGUGCUUGGUUCUGGUAGAAAGGAUCUGCCCAAUGAUGGUGUAGACUUCCUGUUGACCCUCCAGAAAAAUAGGCAUCAUGUCCACGGUAGGCAUGCUCGUCUCGUACACGCGCAGAAUGGCGCAUUGAUGCUCGUUGUCGGCAAGGGAAAGGCUGUUGUUGUGAAUGGUAUUGAGCGGGUGGAGGGUUCUCAGCGGGUAAUUGGAUCGGUCCGCACGGCGCUCGCCUUCGGUAACUUGUCCUACAACUUGGAGUUCACAGGCUUGAACGAGACCAGCUACCGCGACAAGUUGGGAGAGCUUUUCACAAAGCUCCAUCCUGAUGGCGACGUCCCGCCCAUGUCUCUCGAGCUGACGCCUCUCGAACAUCACCAUGAAUUACAUGGCUUUCUGAUACACUCUCCGUUCGCCUCCGGCGCCAGCGGUGUGGUGUCGGCGGGCUUCGACAAAUCAACGGGCCGGGCAGUUGCCAUCAAACGCGUCAAGCGUACACCAGCGACAGUGGCAAGGAUACAGCUGGAGAUCCAAAUCUAUAGGAAGAUUGGUGACCAUCCAAAUCUCUGCCACCUUAUGGCAGACUUCUACUCUGGAGGUGACGAGUACAGCACUGGGAAAUCCAAGAUCAAUGAUGUGUAUCUGGUACACUCACCUUUGGCCAGACAGACCUUUCUCGACCUGACACUAUCGAAAAAGCCAGGUGAGGUCCGAUUGUCUGCCUUCCACCAAGUUAUGAAGGGAUUGGCCCACCUCCAUCAGCACGGAAUCAUGCACAGGGACCUGAAGCCUACCAACAUGAUGCUUGUUUCCUACCAGCCUGUACAUGCCAUCAUCAUUGAUUAUGGCAGUGCCACCUUCGACACCACUUCGACAGACCACUACUGCGGCACCAUCGCCUACCUGGCACCCGAAGUACUGAGGCUCAAGUACGAGAAGAACAGGAAUUUGAGACACGAUGCUUAUGAUUGCCGGGUCGAUGUCUGGUCGAUGGGACUUUCCGCGUAUCAACUGUUCUUCCAGGAGCCCUGCAGGUGGGAGAAGGGCGUCAGCAACACCGCUCACAAGGAGAUCAUACGCAAAUUGAGGUCUCGUCCCGGAUCUAUUGCCGACACACUCGAGAAAAUGCUUUCAUGGCAAAGCGUUCAUCGGCCCAAGGCUGAUGAGGUACUCCGCUUCAAGGGCAUUUGGUCUAAACUCGGUGAUGCAGCCGAACGUCCAGAGGACGAGCAUGCCGCUCAUUCUCCACACAAUGCGAAGAAGCCGAAGACAUAA